CCAAUCUAGUAGCCCUAGUUGAGUAGGUAAAAGCCCUUGUGUCUCGGCAACCCUUGACCCCAGAAGUCAUAUCAUACUGGCCACACUCAGGUCACUUUUUUACGAAUACCUCGACGACAUGUCAUACCAUCAGUGCAUCGACUCGCUGGGAGAUGGCAGCUGGAUCAGCUGGUUCCUGGAGGUCAAGGGCAACGGCUUCCUCUGCCGCGUGCCCACCGACUUCAUAGAGGAUAAGUUCAACUUGACGGGGCUGGAGUUCUAUAGUCACACCAUGGACUUGGUUUUGGAGCCGGAGUUCGACAGUCAGGGCUGGGACAACGAGUUGGAUACGACGGAGGCGGAGCAGCUGUACGGCAUGAUCCACGCCAGAUAUAUUCUGUCAACGCGUGGCGUGGAGGACAUGUGUCUGAAGUACGAGAGGGGUGACUUCGGAGUCUGUCCGCGGGUCUUCUGCAAGGGCCAGCGGACCCUGCCCGUUGGCCUCUCCGAUCAGUGGAACCAGUCGCAUGUCAAGAUCUACUGUCCCCGGUGCCAGGACAUCUUUCAGCCCAGAUCUCGCUGUGGACUGCUCGAUGGCGCUAUGUUCGGGACCAGCUUUCCGCACAUGUUCUUCAUGCAGCUGCCGGCCAUGAGACCCUCUCCGCCCAAGGAGAAGUACGUGCCCCGUCUCUACGGCUUCCAGCUGCAUCAGAAUGCCCUGUAGCGGGCGGAAUCGCCGGAUCCGAUGCCCAAGAGCCAGGAAUCCUCCACCAGCCAGUCCACUUUCUUGUCCUCGUCCAAUCCCAUGACACUUCCAGUUCCUCUACGACGUCCUCUGAAGCGAUUGCAUGUCUAACUCUUACUCUUAGUCGAGGAAAAGCACAAAUGUUGGUCUGAUGUCUUAUUGUGGCAAUUAAAUGGGAUCCUUAUUAGUGCGUUGAUAUGGCCAGGUACUCCACACCUACAAAUACACUGCGCUCUCUAGACUGAACACAAACAGAUCUUGUAAAGCUGGCCAUAUCAAGCACUUGGAAUGCCCAAGCGAGUGGCAAAA